UAUUGAAUUGGAUUGACAUGACGUUGAAACUUCUCGGAUAUACAUAGUCAUAUAUUUUAAACCAAUGAAUAAAUUUGCUUGCCAUUUAAAAAACUUGGACAAACAAUUGCACGUGGGCUUUGAUUCAAUACAGUUAAAUCGAGCAGGUAUUAAUCGAAGGAGGUCGUAGGAAUGAUAUGGAGGCACAAAUAUACAAGAUAUUCUACACUUUGAUUUUGUGUUAUUUGAUUAAGGACUAGAUAUUAAAAAAGGAAAAUACUUAUGAUGAUUUGUUAGCACAAAAUGUACUUUAAUAUUUCAUUAUUCUAAAAAUGACUCAUGUCACUAAGGUUCUACUCAAUAAUAUUUAUAUCAACAAACGCAACCUCAAUUUGCAGCAAGCAGAACAAAUAGGCAAAAAGUCUAGAUUUAUUUUGGGGGAUACAUUGGGCCAAGAUUUUACCGACAUAUGUGUGUACUUUCUUGGCAAUGAAGAAUUGAAAAGCUUAAAAGAUACGUUUCGUUUCGAAAAAAAGAAUGGUUUUAGUUCAAUUAUUCCAUUGAAAACAUACAGAAAUAUUUUAAAGAACAAGACUGUUGAAACAAUACAAUCUAGACUUGACAUAACCGUAACAUCUUUGAAUGCCGUUCAAGAGAACACAUUUCUAAAACAAUUUGGAGACGGCUUAAUUGUAAUCAGAGAACAGGGUAGUAACGUUGAGCAUGUUGUAAGAUCUGUUUCAAGAGUCGUAAAAAAUCAAACACUGUUUAAUGUGUGUACCUCUAAAGAUGUUUUGGAAACGUUUUUCGCUGUGUUAUUAAGGAUUUACCUAAACCGUGACAAAGAAGCAAUAAAUCGUUUAAAAGAAUUGUUCGAAUGUCGACAAAAGAGUCAACAGCUUCGUCCGUUUGAAAGACUGUCUGAAGGUGACAAAAGUGUUCCAGUGGAGGAUCACACCACGGAACAAAAUCACACACAGACGCUAUCGUCGAAAAGAAAACGCACUGUGAAGGGUAAAUAUGGGAAUGCUGAACACGAAAUGUCUAUGACAAGAUCAGGCAAAAGGUUUAAGCAUUCUUACGAAGACGAUAUAAGGCAAAAUGAACGCGAUCUUAUAAGGGACACAUUGCAUGAAGCGAGUGCGUUAUAUAGAAGAAGUCAAAUUCCAGACGAGGAAAAUCCUUUUCCGAAAAGGGAAUUACCUUCAUUAACAUGCGAGCUGACAAAGGCGAUUUAUGCAGUGGAUCAGUGCAUUUAUGGUUGUGGGUUUCGAAACUACACAUUGGAAGUAUUCGUAAGAUGCAACCCAUCCGAUAUGCAGAGAAUAUCACUGCGACAUAGUUUAAGAAAGGUAGCGGAACGAUUUCAUAUUGAUGAAAUUGAUGUUAAGUUUGGAAACUUUAAGGAAAUCAAGAUGUCAUCGUGUCAGGUCGGCAGUAAAAUCAAAUCCAUACAAGAGAGCGAUAGAAAUGUGUCAACAAAUGAAUUAAGUGAGCGUGUGAUUUAUACAAGGCGACAAAUACAUAAAAUGGCUGUUAAAUUUGCCACUCUCGGCGGAUUUGCAAAGGAUGAAAACCAGAAGCUGUACAUUCUACUCUCAAGACAUUUCGCUGAUCCCGAUUUCACGCAAUCCAUCUACUUUAUCGACAACAAGAAUAGACAAUAUAUUCUUGCGAAUUUACUUAAGGAACACAGUGCCCGAGGAAAAUACGACAUUUCCGUUGCCACCGUAUUGCCAGAUAAUGUCCAAAAUACAAGGUUUCGAAACAUGAACGGAGUGCAAUUGGAAAGCAUUCUCGAAAGUUUCGAUUCGCAAACAGAUGCUAACGAAAUGCCCGUUUUCUUCUGGAGUUGGAAUUCGAAACCCAGGAGGGGGAAAAUAGUUAUUCAAGAAUUUAAUGAAAGAUCAUCAGAUGCAAAACUUGUUUUGUUAAAAGAUGUCAUGGAAUAUAAUGCCGAACACAAUGAUAUCAUUCCAGUAAGAAUGGUCGAAAAAGGUAAUAGCGGAGCAAUAAUCUGCUCAGAUGAUCCUAAUUAUCAACGUGUACGGGUGUGGACAAUGCUUAUGGGAGUGCUGAACCCCAAAGAAAUUGACAACCCAGAAACAGGCUGGAAGAAACAAGGAAUAUAUCGGUCGUUACCGAUUUGUGAAGCAGGUAGUCGGGCAGGGCAGAUAGACUCAAUAAAUUACUUGGAUUUUAUUUAAACCUUGGAUAUAAAAGCAAAACUUUGAAGAUUACUUGCCUUCUAGUUUUUGAAGAUGAGUGGAGUUUUUUGCUGUUCUUCCAUGUUUCUUGUUUGUGAAUUGUUUUGUUCUAUGUCUUUGUUGUUUACCCAGUGCCAUUAAACCGGGUUUAUGUUUAAACUUUUGGCUACUGAGCUUCUUUCUGUAGUUUUUCACAUAAGUAUUCAAAAAUCAAUAUGACUCUUAAAGCUGCACUCUCACAGAUUGAAUGUUUUGACAACUUUUUUUUUAUAUUUUGUCUUGGAACAAGCCAAUAUUUGCGAAAAUCCAUUGAAACCAGUUAAAUAAGACUACUGACAUAAAAUUAGAUCGCAGCUAUUUAUAUUUAAGUUCAAAAACUGAUGUUUUAUGCAUAUUUCUUAAACCGUUAGUAACGGUUAUAUCCAUAAAAUAUCAAUUUUCGAACGGAAAUAUUAAAAUCUGCGAUAUGAAAUCUUUUAUCAUUGGUUUGCUGAUAUUUACGCAACAAAAUGCUCUUUUCAUGACAAAAAAAAUGUUGUAAAAAUGUGAGAGUGCAGCUUUAAUUAACCGGCGUUUCUAUCAUUGGUAAUAACCUGCUAAUGAGUUUAACAAAAUCACAACAACAGAAAGUCUGACACUGUUUAGAACAAGUACACUAAUUGUCAUAUUUACAUAUUAUUUUUUGUAAAUCUAUGUGUCUUUCAUUGAUAUUAGAACGAUCCAUUGCUUUUUUGGAGAAUUUGUGUGCUAUGACUAAUUCGUGAAUUGUGUACGAUUGUGUAUUUUAGUCACUUAGUGAUGAUACAGAUUCAUUUUGAAACUUCCUCAGUUCAUUUAAUGUUCACAUGUAUGAUGAAUUAUACUUGAAUUAAAGCUAUUUUUCUUCGUUUUGAUUGCCUUGCUAUUAUUUCUUUUAUUUUACUAUCCUAAGGUAAUCUCAAUACUGAUUAUACUCUAAAACCGUGAAUACUUAUGCAAACUGGAAGUACAGCUACUAUAAACUCAAUUGUCUUGAAUCAUUCUUUUUGAUGUUUUAAAGAAAAGAAAAAAAAAACACUUCUUGAUUAUAUGUAGUAAUAUGUCUGUAUGCAACAAAUCUGAUGUAUCAUAAAUAUGUCGCUUUUUUGGCAGGGAUAAGCAUUAUUAAAACAUAUGCACUGCAGAUGUGUGGCAGUGGUGGGGAUAUUUAUUUAGCUUAUUGUGAAGUGAUUUACAGAUUCAUAAACUUUAAAAAGGGGUUGGCAUAAACUCAGGCAUUAUUUAUUGUCGGUUCUUGAUACAAGUGUUAUGAAAUAUCAAGGGUUUAGUCUAUUGGGGGUUAUUUUUUGUCAUAUCUUACUAUUCUCUG